CGGCAUUGUGGGGCGGGCGCGGCGCCGGCGACGCCAUUUUCGGAGCGGGCGCGAGGCUGAGGACUGGGCCGGACGAGGAUGCUGCGGAGCGGACGCGGAGGCGCCCCCUGCUCGUGACCGCCGCUCCCAGGGACAGCGCGACAGCGCAGCCGCCGACCGGACGAAUGUAUGACAACAUGUCCACAAUGGUGUACAUAAAGGAAGACAAGUUGGAGAAGCUCACGCAGGAUGAAAUCAUCUCCAAGACAAAGCAAGUAAUCCAGGGGCUAGAGGCUCUGAAGAAUGAGCACAACUCCAUCCUGCAGAGUUUGCUGGAGACGCUGAAGUGCUUGAAGAAAGAUGACGAGAGCAACCUGGUGGAGGAGAAGUCCAGCAUGAUCCGGAAGUCCCUGGAGAUGCUGGAGCUCGGCCUGAGUGAGGCGCAGGUGAUGAUGGCUUUGUCAAAUCACCUGAACGCCGUGGAGUCGGAGAAGCAGAAAUUACGUGCACAGGUUCGUCGUCUGUGCCAGGAGAAUCAGUGGCUUCGGGACGAGCUGGCCAACACACAGCAGAAGCUGCAGAAGAGUGAGCAGUCGGUGGCGCAGCUGGAGGAGGAGAAGAAGCACUUGGAGUUCAUGAACCAGCUGAAGAAAUACGACGAUGACACUUCUCCCUCAGAGGACAAAGAUGCUGACUCUGCCAGAGAGCCCCUGGACGACCUCUUCCCAAAUGACGAGGAUGACCCUGGCCAAGGAAUUCAGCAGCAGCACAGCAGUGCGGCCGCUGCUGCCCAGCAGGGGGGCUACGAGAUCCCCGCCCGUCUGCGAACGCUGCACAACCUGGUGAUCCAGUAUGCCUCGCAAGGGCGCUACGAAGUGGCUGUGCCGCUCUGCAAGCAGGCCUUGGAAGAUCUGGAGAAGACUUCCGGCCAUGACCACCCUGACGUGGCCACCAUGCUCAACAUCCUGGCCCUGGUGUACAGGGACCAGAACAAAUACAAAGAUGCAGCCAAUCUGCUCAACGACGCCUUGGCCAUCCGCGAGAAAACUCUGGGCAAGGACCACCCUGCGGUGGCGGCGACGCUGAACAACCUCGCAGUCCUGUAUGGUAAGCGAGGGAAGUAUAAAGAGGCCGAGCCGCUGUGUAAAAGAGCCCUGGAGAUCAGAGAAAAGGUCCUGGGAAAGGAUCACCCUGACGUUGCCAAGCAGUUGAAUAACUUGGCCUUACUGUGCCAGAACCAGGGCAAGUAUGAAGAAGUGGAAUAUUAUUAUCAGAGAGCCCUGGAGAUCUACCAGACAAAACUGGGCCCUGACGACCCCAAUGUGGCCAAGACCAAGAACAACCUGGCAUCCUGCUAUCUGAAACAAGGAAAGUUCAAGCAAGCAGAAACACUGUACAAAGAGAUUCUCACUCGUGCACAUGAGCGGGAGUUCGGUUCCGUGGAUGAUGAAAAUAAGCCCAUUUGGAUGCAUGCUGAAGAAAGAGAGGAGUGCAAGGGAAAGCCGAAGGAUGGGACUUCCUUUGGAGAGUAUGGUGGCUGGUACAAAGCCUGCAAAGUUGAUAGUCCAACUGUCACAACCACACUGAAAAACCUUGGAGCACUUUACCGGCGUCAAGGAAAAUUUGAAGCUGCAGAAACAUUAGAAGAAGCCGCCAUGAGGUCACGGAAGCAGGGCCUCGACACUGUUCACAAACAGAGAGUGGCUGAAGUGCUCAACGACCCCGAGAGCACGGAGAAGCGUCGGAGCCGGGAGAGCCUCAGCUCAGACGUGGUCAAGUACGAGAGCGGCGCUGACGGAGGGGAGGAAGUGAGUAUGAGCGUAGAGUGGAACGGGGACGGCACUGGAUCUUUAAAGCGCAGUGGUUCCUUUAGCAAACUCCGGGCUUCCAUUAGACGCAGCAGUGAGAAGCUGGUUAGGAAGCUGAAGGGAGGAAGUUCACGAGAGAGUGAGCCAAGGAACCCCGGGAGCGAAAUCAUUGUGUGGCAGCCACACUAACCUGGCCCACUGAGGGUCUGGCCAGAGCUGGAUAAGCAACAGAGUGCCAGGCCUGCUGGACGGUGACCCCUGGGCUCCGCAGGCCAUGUGCCUGGGCACUGCAGUGGGCAGCAGCCUGAGAGGCAGACAGUUUCAGCCGCUGCGCUCAGCCACUCGAGCGUCGCCACCCGCUGUCCUGCCACCAGCGUCUGCUUAGGUCUGGAAUCCGUAAACCAAGAAACCGAAGCACGUCAGCUGGGAUGGUGGGCUUGCCUCAGUGGAAGUGGAGAGGCGGCAGAGGGCAGACAGCUCGGGUGGGGCCUUGCGGGGCGAAGGGACUGGAGGACGGGGGCUCCCGGCCCAGGUGCUUGCUCGAGGCCACGGGGUGCUGGUGACUGCAGCCGCGGGCCCCUGCACACUGAGGGCCUGGACAUGUGUCUUCCACUUGCAACACCUGUUCACACGCUGGGUAUUGAUGGGUCCUUCCGGUGCACCCCAGGCAGUGUGGCAGGCUGUCUUGAAGGCUGGGAGAGCACGACUGCGGCAAGUGCAGCGGACUGCCAAGUGGCUGUCUGGGCCGCGGGGACGGUCUUGGCCUGCUCAGUCUGACACCUGGCCAUCUUCCGCUGCGUGGGGCCUGUGGCACUGGCCCAGCUGCUUGGAUGUGGGCCCAGGGCUAGAGAUGGCACAUUUGGGGUCCGGCCCCAGGGGCUGCACUUGGGGUGAUGUGACGUUCCAGGUGACUUAGUGGCACCUCCUGUCCCUGACUGCACGGGGCAGGCCUACUGCUGCCCUGCUCCAGCUUCGCGCUAUCUCCACCGGAAGCGCAAAGCCAAGGAUCAGGAGGCGAUCCCAGCAGUCUGGUGAGCAGCCACUCCCCACAGACAUCUGCAAGGUGUCGCAGGCCUCGGGGGAGGCCCGGUGCCACUGCCGUCCCCAGCUGGGAGAGGGUGCUGCAUUGAAACCCAGAGUCCCCUGGAGGGACAGAGCACCACGCGAGUAAACAGAGCCCAGAGAACUGGGUUUUACGCCCCCAGCUUUCUGGGUGCAGAUGCACCUCCAUGGAACCAGGGCAGAGGUGCGACUGCUGUACGGGAGCUGCUCUGGCCCGUGCCGUAGUGUGGGGGCCCCAUGUUCCAGAAGGCUCUCCACUGUCCCUCACAGUGACGGGGCCUGUGUGAGCCACAGCACUUCCUCACCACAGUCAUAAACACGUUAAGCAGCAGAUAGGCCAGAUGUGGCUCGCAGCAGUGUGCGCAGUGGUGCCCUCGCUGGCUGACCUGUGGAGGCCGGCGUGGGCUGCUUCCCCGCGGCACUUACUCUCUGUGUUGGGGUUGCAGGGAUUAAUUUCUGGGAUUGAAGGGCCGGGGAUUUAGCUCAGUGGUUCCGCCGCCCGCCUCGCAAGUGCAAGGACCCGAGUUUGAUCCCUGGUACAAAAAAAAAAAUUUUCUAGGAUUGAAACCUUCUGGCUGGGGAUGCAGCUCAGUGUUAAGAGCCUGGGCUCCCCCCUCAGCACUGUAGAACAAAACUGCACCGUCACUUGGGGUCAGAACACUGCUUGGCAGAUCAGGCCAUUGGAAAUUCAGCGUUUGUCGUGACACGCUCAGCACGUGACGGGUACCGCUGCCAUAAUGGCCUGGGCUGUCCUGGGAAGGUGUGUGACCCACUCCUGUCUGUGUGCUGUGCAGUGAGGGUUGGGGCUGUCCGGCUGCUGUGGCUUUGAAGACGCACCAGGCCCUGGGGAGCUUGAGCUUGAGGGGUUGCAGUGUCCUUCUGGCACUGCGGUUUGUUUUCUCAUCAUUGAUGCGAGUCACCUAGAAGGUCGUUCUGAAUUGUCCGUGUUUAAUUGCCAAAAUAAAAUGUUUAUUCCUA